AUGUCUUUACAAGAGAAGCUCGACAAGAUCCGUUCGCCGAAGCUUCAAAAUCAACAUCAGACUGCAAUUGUAUUGUCUGCCGUUGAAGAUACACUUAAAGAUCAGAAAACAGAAGCCACUCCAACUGGAUAUUUUGCGGCAUUAUUGGCACUUCUGAGACAAGCGUGCCCUCAAAAUGGAGAAGUUAACAAAGAUUUAACUACUUCUGUUGUAUAUUUACUCGACAUUAUCACACCUUUUACCCCUCAACCACUUCUCCGAUCAAAGUUCUCCCAAAUCCUCGAAAAUCUUGCCCCCGCCUUCGUAUUACCAGAAGCAGAUGCUCCUCUCCUCAGACCUUCGAUAGGAUGCCUCGAAUCAUUAUUAUCCGCGCAAGAUUCCGCAGCAUGGGAACUUUCAGUCAACGUAACUGGACCAAGAAGGGCGAUUGCUGGAUUAUUGAAUUUCGCCGUGGAUCACAGACCUAAGAUUAGAAAGCGUGCGCAAGAAGCAUUGGCAAAUGUUUUGAAAAAUCCUCCGCCGAGUCCAUCCCUCGAUCAUCCUGCGGCGGAUAUGUGUGCGGAGACUGCUUUGAGAAGUUUAAGUGACCUUGCGGCCCAAUCGCAUCAAGCCAGGAAACAGAGGAAAGCAAGCGCAACUGCAGAACAUGAACCAGCUUUGAUUCACGCAUUACAAUUAGUGAAGACUAUCGCGGGAGCAUCUGGAGGAUGGCCGAGUAAGAAAAUUGAGGCGUUGUGCGAGGUUUUAUUGAAUAUUUCGAAAUCAAGCAAUGAAUAUUUGGCCAUGACUUCGUUCGAAGUAUUUGAGAUGAUAUUUGAGAGUAUGGCAAACGAGACUGCGACAUCGAAGUUACCUCGACUUUUAGAAGUUAUCUCUGAGUUGAGACCUUCUCAAAACGAUUCUCAACUUCUCCCCCCUUGGAUCGCUGUGUUAUCGCGGGGUUAUGAUGUUUCUGCGCAACUCGAGCCAGAGGAGACUUUUGCAAAAUUACCUGAACUUUUCACCAUGAUCUCCGGAUUUAUGUCAUCUUCAUCGCACAGCAUUCGGGUAUCUUCAUCAGAAUGUCUAAUCUCAUUAAUGGCCAACUGUGUCCCAGAAUCGGUUAUUGCGGAGCCUUCCAUAUUUGACGAGAAAGUCCUCGAGAAGUUGGCAAAAUGUGCAGUGGAUCUUUUGAGUGUUAAAUAUCAAGCUGCUUGGAUGGAAACGUUCAAUGUUAUGGGUUCCAUGUUUGACGCUUUGAGAUGGAGAGCAGAUCCGAUCUUGUCUGAAGUGGUUAGAACAAUUGGUGAGCUGAGAGGUAGCGAGUCUUUCGCUGGCAAAAAGGAAGCGGAUGAAAUCCUUGGAAAAGCUAUCAGAGCUAUGGGACCAGAACGAGUUCUCAGCAUCUUACCUCUCAACCUCGCUAAACCAAAGGCUGGACAACCUGGACGAGCCUGGAUGUUGCCGAUCCUACGAGACUAUGUCAGUAAUACGAAUCUCCAACAUUUCCGAACUGAACUUGAGCCAUUGAGCCAAGCAAUGUUACAACGGGUCAGUGAGCAUGGAGCCGCCGAAAAGACGAUGGAUAUCAAGAUUUUCGAGACUAUUGUGAAGCAAAUCUGGGCUAUUCUUCCCGGUUACUGUGACCUCCCAUUGGAUCUCACUGAAGCAUUUGAUAUCAAGUUCGCAGAAAUACUUGUAAACAUUUUGUACGGGCAAGUUGAUCUACGUUCAGAUAUUUGCAGAGCUUUACAGACUUUAGUAGAGUCUAACCAGGCGAUCCUCGCCAUUGAAGGAGAGGAAGACUUACUCCUCCAGAGUCGUGUUGCGAAGGCUGUGGCACAGAAGAACAUUGAGCAUUUGGCUACCUUCGCCAGUAAUAUGCUCUCUGUUUUGUUUAACGUUUACAAUGAAACAUUGCCACAGUUCAGAGGUUACAUCUUGCAAUGUAUCAAUGCGUUCCUUAGCAUUACACCUGCUCAAGAACUUAUGGAGACAUUCGAACGAGUUAGUCAAGCAUUGGGAACAUCCCUCGCCGAAGCCGGUGCUCAAACCCAAGCAGAAAAGCAGAAACAAAGGCAACAAAAUGCGGCUAACAAGAUGCCACCAACGAGUCACAGUCUCAUGGAUUUGGUCAUUACGAUCUCAAUUUACUUGCCAAGAGAUAGUUUCAGCACUCUAUUCAACAUGGCAGCUCUUAUCAUUGUAAAAGAUGACGACCCUCAACUUCAGAAGAAGGCUUAUAAGCUUAUUCCUCGACUUGCCGAGUCGGAAACUGGCAAGGCGGCACUGCAAGAACGUAGCACUGAUCUUCAAGAACUUCUGUUGAACAGUGCCGAGAAAGUAUCUACACCAGCAAAACGCGAUCGUCUUGCCGCAAUCUCUGUUCUUAUUCCUUUCCUCCCAGCCGACUCUCUUCAUUUCAUCCCAGCAAUUCUAUCCGAGGUCGUCAUCUCGUGCAAGGAAACAAAUGAGCGUGCUCGUACUACAGCGUUCGACCUCCUCAUUUUGAUGGGAGAGAAGAUCGCUUCGUCGUCCGGUGCUACAAUCGACAACAGCAAAGUAUCCCAUAUGCCCAAUGAUGCACCAUCUGUAACCGCCACCCUCGAGGAAUAUUUCACCAUGGUCAGUGCCGGUCUCGCCGGUAGCACACCCCACAUGGUAUCCGCAUCUAUCACAGCUCUUACUCGUAUCCUCUACAACUUCCGCGAGUCUCUAUCUCCCGAAACCGUUAGCGACCUUGUGCAAACUAUGGAUCUCUUCCUCACAUCCAACAACCGUGAAAUCGUUCGUAGCGUCCUUGGAUUCGUAAAAGUUUGCGUCAUCUCCUUGCCUUCUUCCCUUGUGCUUCCUCGUCUUGAAAGUCUCAUUCCUAAUCUGAUGGUCUGGAGUCAUGAGCAUAAGGCUCAUUUCAAGGCAAAGGUUAAGCACAUUCUCGAACGCAUGAUUCGUCGUUUCGGCGUUGAGAUUGUCAAUAAAUAUUGUCCGGAGGAAGACAAAAAGCUCAUCACCAAUAUCCGCAAGACCCGCGAGAGAAGAAAGAGAAAUAAGGAUGCGGCUAAGGAAGCGGGUGAAGAUAGUGACGAUGGAGAAACUGGUGGAAAGAGAAGAAACAAAUUCGAAAACGAAUAUGAUGAGGCUCUUCAUGGCAGUGACUCUGAAUCAUCUGGUUCGGAUGUAUCAGACGAUGAAGUCCUGGGUAAAUCUCGAAAGAAGGGCGGUAAGAAGGCUGCAGGCGGGAACACAUAUAUCGUGGAAGAUGACGAUGAACCCCUUGAUUUGCUUGAUCGUAAAGCACUUGGCAAUAUCUCAUCUACCAAACCCGUAAAAGCGCGAACGAUCACGAGAACCAAAGCAAAGAUGGAUCUGGAUGGAAAAUUGUUGCUGGGAGGUAAUGAUAGUGAUGAUGAUGAUCAAAUGGUUAUCGAUACGCCGGCGGAAGAAGAUGGUGGUGUGGGUGCCUAUGUUCAUGCAUUGAAGGGAAGAGAUGCGCCAAAGAAGGGUAGAGGCGGAAGACUUAAGUUUAGUAAUCGAAAGGGUCAGGAUGAGGAUGAUGAGAUGGAUGUUGAUGAGGAUGAGUUGAAAACAGUCAAGAAGAGUAUUGGUGGUGAUAGGGACAGGAAUAGUAGGGGAAGAGGGAGGGGUGGAAGAGGUGGCGAUAGGGGGAGAGGUGGUGGAAGAGGAGGUUUCAAUAGUGGAAGGAGAGGUUUGGGUGAGGAGAAGAGAUCUGGUGGUGGUGGAGGAGGUGGCGGUGGAAGGGUGAUGAAGAGUCCGAGGGGACGUGGAAGGGGCAACGGUCAUGGGAGGAGAUAG